AUGGGCGCUCACCCUCCUCAUCCUUUCCCGCUUCCCGACUGGCCCAGUGAGUGGCGGGCAGGCGUGCCGAAGCAGCACGAGAGCGCCAUCUCGAAGCUCCUCUCGCUGCCGGCCGGCGACGCUGCCGAUUGCCGCGCAGUUUUUGGAGGACUGCCGCUGGUCAUCGAGCUGCUCGGCGUCAACCUGACGGUGCACCCGGAGCACUACAUGCGCCAGCUGCCGCUGGCGGAGGGCGACCUCGGCAGCAGCAGGAAGGUCAAGGCCGCGCCCGGCGGGCCCAAGCUGUGCAAGCCGAAGACCGUCCCGGUGAGCAUGCCGAGCCCGCUCGGCCCGAACCUGUUCAUCCUGGGCGAACCGCUCCUGCAAAGCUACUAUACAGUCUUCGACUGGGAGACGCCGCGCGUGGGCUUCAGCCCCGCCGCGGACGCCGUCGGGGGCCCGGCCGUGCGGAGGCGCCAGCCACCGGCGCUUGACGAGCCCGCCGUCACGCUGGUGUGACGCGUCGCGCGGGGGCCCGCCUGAUUUCGCGCUGCGCCACGCCACGCGCCCCUCUUGUCGGACGGGCCAAGACCUUCGGCGGAUCACUUUUUCAGUGUGCUGCCCUGCCCCUGCUGCUCGAAGAAGCGGCGCGAGCUCCCCCGACGUCCAGGCGGCGUGAGGAGAAGCACGGCGCGUGCCCUUUUCUCGAUGGUGCCGGUGAUGAUGAUGGUGAUGGUUGCCGCCCCUGCUCACGUCGACUCCCCCCCUCUUUCACCGCCGAGCUGGGGCGGGCGGC